CAUAUUCGGAGUCUGCAUAUUGGCUUUGUCUUUGACUAUCCGAGCACUAUAAAUAGUCAAUCGGGGGCCCAGAUUGACAGCAUUAGCCUCUCAGUCAACAAAUCAGAAGCAUCAGCAGCAACAUGUACAAGCUCCUCCUUGUCGUCGCCCUUUUCGGAUGUGCCCUGGCCGCACCCUUGAACGAUGAUCAGAUCACCAAGUUCCUGGCUAACCAGGAUACCGAUGGAACCUAUGCCUACGAACUCCAGCAGGCCAGUGGUCUCAGCAUCCAGGAAGAGGGUCAGGCGGGUCAUUAUGCUCGCGGAGCAUACAGCUACACCUCUCCCGAAGGCAUUCCGGUUCAAGUGGUUUACACUGCCGAUGAGAAUGGUUUCCACCCACAAUCCGACCUCCUGCCCACUCCCCCACCAAUCCCACAGGAAAUUCUGGAUUCCAUCCGCUUCAUUCAGGAGCAUCCCACUCCCGAGGAAUUGGCCGAUCGUGCCGUGCGCGCCCAGCAGAUCUAAAUACAGGAAAGCCAAUCGUAGUCAUAAGUCUGCCAAAAAAGUCAUCACAUGAUGUGUUCAUUCAAUCCAUACGAUUAAAUCUUCAUCCAGCAUCGACUGGUGUUAAUUCAACUUA